CGCUUUGACUUUCUGUCCCAUUGCAUAAAGACUUAGGCUCUUGGGCUGCUUGAUAACUUGACAUUUCAGAGUCAAAAGAGUUCUGAUCUAGCCACCCUGGGGAGCAUGGAUCCCUGAGGAAAUUCAUCAACCAUCUUGGAGGCUGCUUUGCAGAGGGCCUCAGAGACACACCAGGAUGACGUGUAUCAAGCUUAUUGCAUUUAUACCUCUUGCUCUGGGCCUCCUCACAUCAGCUUCCUUUCUGUCCUUUGUGGAAGGCGAGAAGGGUCAGAAAUCAGUCAGUCGCUGUACCCUUUUUGGAGAUGAUCACAUCAAAACCUUUGAUGACCACUUCUACAGCUUUGGUGGAGACUGCAGUUACCUCCUGACUGGAGACUGCCAGAAGCACUCCUUCUCCAUUUUGGGGGAUUUUGAAAAUGGCAAGAGGAAAAGUCUCUCUGUAUAUCUUGGGGAAUUUUUUGACAUCCACUUAUUUAUCAAUGGCACUGUGACACAGGGAGACCAAAGAAUCUCUAUUCCUUAUGCCUCCAAAGGGCUCUAUUUAGAAAUGGAGGCUGGUUACUACAAGUUGUCAAGUGAGGUCUAUGGCUUUGUGGCCAAGGUUGAUGCCAAUGGGAACUUCCAGCUUCUGCUGCCUGAAAGACACUUCAAUAAAACCUGUGGAUUGUGUGGAAACUUCAAUGACUUUGCAGAAGAUGACUUUAGAACCCAGGAAGGCACCUUGACUUCUGACCCCUACAACUUUGGCAACUCCUGGGCCUUACGCAGUGCAGAGCGUCGGUGUAAGCGAGUCUCUCUUCCAAGUGACACAUGCAAUAUCUCUUCUGUGGAAAUGGAGAAGGGCUUGCAAGAACGGUGCCAGAUCUUGAAAAGUUCUUCAGUGUUCGCCCAAUGCCAUCCCCUGGUGGAUCCAGAGCCUUUUAUUGCCCUUUGUGAAAAAGACUUAUGCCACUGUGCCCAGGAACAAGGAUGUGCCUGCUCAAUCUUCCUGGAAUAUGCUCGGAAUUGUGCCCAUCGGGGAAUGGUGUUGAAUGAUUGGACUCAUGAUAGCAAAUGUUGGCCAGCCUGUCCCACUGGCAUGGAGUAUAAGGAGUGUGUGUUCCCCUGUGCCAGAACCUGCCAGAGCCUACACAUCAAUGAAGUCUGCCAGAACCAAUGCAUCGAUGGCUGCAGCUGCCCUGAGGGGAAACUGCUUGACAAUGGCCUUUGUGUGGAAAGCUCAGAGUGUUCCUGCGUGCAUUCUGGGAAACACUACCCACCUGGCUCCUCUAUCUCCCAGGAUUGCAACACAUGCAUUUGCCGGAACAGUUUAUGGAUCUGUAGUAAUGAAGAAUGCCCUGGAGAGUGUCUGGUGACAGGUCAAUCUCAUUUCAAGAGCUUUGACAAUAAGUACUUUACCUUCAGUGGAAUCUGCCAGUAUUUACUGGCUCGGGACUGCCAGGACCACUCCUUCUCUAUCGUCAUAGAAACCGUCCAGUGUGCCAAUGAUCCAGAUGCUGUUUGUACCCGCUCAGUCAUCCUCCGGCUCCUUCCCCUGCAUAACAGUGUUGUGAAGUUGAAACAUGGGGGUCUGGUCUCACUGGAUGGACAGGACAUUCAGAUCCCCCUAAUUCAAGGUGCCCUCAGGAUCCAGCAGACCGUGAUGGGUUCCGUGCACCUCACCUAUGGAGAGGACCUGCAGAUAGACUGGGAUGGGAGUGGAAAGCUGCUGGUGAAGUUGUCUCCAGCAUAUUCUGGGAAGACUUGUGGCCUGUGCGGGAAUUACAAUGGCAACAAAGGAGAUGACUUUCUCACCCCUUCUGGCUUGGUGGAGCCCUUGGUGGAAGAUUUUGGAAAUAGCUGGAAGCUCAAUGGAGAUUGCCAAGAUUUGCUGAAGCAGGAUAGCGACCCUUGUAAUCUUAACCCUCGGUUAACCAAAUAUGCCGAGGAGUCUUGCUCUCUCUUGACAUCCUCCAAGUUUGAGCCAUGCCACACUGUGAUCAGCCCGACUCCCUACUUGAAAAACUGCCAUUACGAUGUCUGCUCUUGCUCUGAUGGGAAAGACUGUCUGUGUGCAGCAGUGGCCAGCUAUGCCUCAGCCUGUGCCAGGAAGGGCAUUCUGAUCGAGUGGAGGGAGCCAGGCUUUUGUGCAUUGAGCUGUCCAGAAGGCCAGGUAUAUCAACAGUGCGGGACUCCUUGCAAUCAGACAUGUCGUUCCCUCUCCUAUCCUGACAUGGAAUGCAAUGAAAUCUGCCUUGAGGGCUGUUUUUGUCCUCCUGGGCUAUAUACUGAUGAGAAGAGGAACUGUGUGCCCAAAGCCCAGUGUCCCUGUUAUUAUGAUGGUGAGAUCUUUCAGCCUGAAGAUAUCUUCUCUGACCAUCAUACCAUGUGCUACUGUGAGAAUGGCUUUAUGCAUUGUAGUACCAAUGGACUUCCUGGUGGCCUGCUGCCAGAUGUAAUCUUUGACAGUCACCCAUCUCCUCGAAUCAAAAGGAGUCUAAGUUGCCAGCCCCCCAUGGUCAAGUUUGUGUGUCCUGUUGACAAUCCUCAAGCUGAAGGAAUUGAAUGCACCAAGACUUGUCAGAACUAUGAUUUGGAGUGUGUCAGCCAUGGUUGUGUGUCUGGCUGCCUCUGUCCUCCAGGAAUGGUCCGACAUGGAAACAGAUGUGUUGCCCUAGAAAGAUGCCCCUGCUUCCACAAAGGCAAAGAGUAUGCCCAGGGAGAAACGGUGAAGAUAGACUGUAACACAUGUGUGUGCCAGAAUAGAAGAUGGGAUUGUACAGACAUGGUGUGUGAUGCUACCUGCUCAGUGAUUGGCAUGGCCCACUACCUGACCUUUGAUGGCCUCAAAUACACAUUCCCAGGCAAAUGUCAGUAUGUGUUGGCACAGGACCAUUGUGGUGGCAACCCUGGAACCUUUCGGAUCCUGGUGGAGAAUGAAGACUGCAGUUUCUCCUCAAUGAGGUGCAGUAAACAGGUCACCAUUCUGUUUGAGGAAGGAGAGAUUGAGCUCUUUGAUGGGGAAGUGAAUGUGAAAAAGCCUUUGAAAGAUGAGACUCAUUUUGAGGUGGUGGAGUCAGGACGCUAUUACAUCCUGUUACUAGGCAAAGGGAUCUCCCUUAUGUGGGAUAGGAACAUGGGAAUUUCUGUUAUCCUGAAACAAACGUACCAGGAAAGAGUGUGUGGUCUGUGUGGGAAUUUUGAUGGCAACCAAAACAAUGACUUCACCAGCAGCAGCCUGCAGCUGGAGAUGGGCCCAGUAGAUUUUGGGAAUUCUUGGAAAGUGAACCCACAGUGUGCUGACACCACUGAAGUAUUGCUGGAUGGUGCCCCUGCCACUUGUCGUAACAAUGUCAUGAAGGAGACAAUGGUGGACUCUUCAUGUAGGAUUUUGACUAGUAACACCUUCCGGGAGUGUAAUAAAUUGGUCGACCCAGAGCCAUACCUGGAUAUUUGCAUAUAUGACACCUGUUCCUGUGAAUCCAUUGGGGAUUGUGCCUGCUUCUGUGACGCCAUUGCUGCCUAUGCCCAUGUGUGUGCUCAGCAUGGUACAGUGGUGAACUGGAGGACUGACACAUUGUGCCCACAAAGUUGUGAGGAGAAGAAUCGACAUGAAAAUGGGCAUGAAUGUGAAUGGCGUUAUAAUAGUUGUGCUUCUGCCUGUCCCAUCACAUGCCAGCAUCCUGAGCCACUCUCAUGCCCAGUGCAGUGUGUGGAAGGAUGCCACAUACACUGCCCUCCAGGGAAGAUCCUGGAUGAACUAUUACAGACAUGCAUUGACCCCACGGAGUGCCCUGUGUGUGAGUUGGAAGGUCGCCGCUUUUCUCAAGGAAAGAGACUCUUCUUGAACAAGGAUGACCCCACGCUCUGCAAACUCUGUCACUGUGAUGGUGUGAACUUGACCUGCGAAGCCUGCCAGAAGCCAGGGGACCUGCAGUUGUCCCCAUCAUUUACGACUGUUGCCCCAACCGCAGAAUACCUGGAGGAAACCCCUGAGCCACCCCUGCAUAGCUUCUACUGUAGCAAGAUGUUGGACUUGGCUUUCCUGUUGGAUGGCUCGUCUAAGCUGUCGGAGGCUGAGUUUGAGGUGCUGAAGGCUUUUGUCGUAGGUGUGAUGGAGCGUUUACACAUCUCUCAGAGGCGCAUCAGGGUGGCUUUGGUGGAAUACCAUGAGGGCUCCCACUCCUACAUUGAACUGAAGGAUCGGAAGCGGCCCUCAGAGCUUCGUCGGAUUGCCAGUUCUGUAAGAUAUCCUGGAAGCAAGAUGGCAUCCACCAGCGAGGUACUGAAGUUUACCCUUUUCCAUGUCUUUGGCAAGGUUGACCGUCCUGAAGCAUCUCGGAUUGCCUUGCUUCUGACGGCCAGUGAGGAGCCCCGUCCCACGUCUAAGUCUAUAGCUCGCUAUUCCCAAGAUCUGAUGGAGAAGAAGGUCAUUGUGAUCCCAGUGGGCUUAGGGCCCCAUGCUAGCCUCAGGCAGAUUCGUCUCAUUGAGAAGCAGGCACCAGAAAACAAGGCCUUUUUGCUUAGUGGUGUGAAUGAGCUAGAGCAAAGGCGGGAUGACAUCUUGGGCUACCUCUGUGACCUGGUACCUGAUAGUCCUGCUCCUACCAUUCCCUCCCAGAUGGUAAAGGUUACUGCGAGUCCAGAGCUCUUGGCAUCCCCAACUUCUAUCCACAGUAAACACAUGGUUCUGGAUGUGGUGUUUGUGCUAGAAGGCUCAGACCAAAUUGGUGAAGCCAACUUCAAUAAGAGCAAGGAGUUCAUGGAACAGGUGAUUCAACGGAUGGAUGUGAGGCAAGGUAGCAUCCACAUCUCCAUCCUGCAGUACUCUUACACAGUGUCCAUGGAGUUCUCCUUCAAUGAGAUUCAGUCUAAGAGACAUAUCCUGGAGAGGAUAAAGCAGAUACACUAUCGAGGUGGCAACAGAACCAACACAGGGAAAGCCCUUCAAUAUCUUUCUGAGAAUACCUUCUCUUCCAGCCAAGGCACUCGGAAGCAAGCCCCCCAUCUAGUGUACAUGGUAGUAGGCAAUCCUGCUACAGAUGAGAUCAAGCGCUUACCCCAGGACAUUCAGCUGGUGCCCAUUGGUGUGGGCCCCCAUGCUAACAUCCAUGAAUUGGAGAUGCUUAGUCGGCCUAAUGCUCCAAUUUUAAUUAAUGACUUUGACAGACUCCCCUGGGAGGCUCCUGAUUUGGUUCUGCAGAGGUGUUGUUCUGGCGAGGAACUGAGGCUACCUACACUACCCCCAGCUUUGGAUUGCACUCAGCCCUUGGACCUGAUACUGCUCCUAGAUGGCUCUUCCAGUGUCCCAGCUUCUCAUUUUGAAGAAAUGAAGAAUUUUGCCAAGGCCUUUAUUAAGAAGGCUAAUCUAGGGCCUCGUGUCACUCAUAUAUCAGUGCUCCAGUAUGGAAGUAUCACCACCAUUGACAUCCCAUGGAAUGUGCCCCAGGAGAAAGAAUACUUACUGAGCCUUGUGGAGCCCAUGCAGCUUGAGGGGGGUCCCAACCAAAUAGGGAAUGCUUUGAAUUUUGCUGUCAGAUAUGCCACAUCAGAAGUCCAUGGUGCGAGGCCUGAUGCUUCUAAGGUUAUAGUCAUCUUGGUAACAGCCGUCUCUUUGGAUUCAGUGGAUUCUGCAGCUGAUAUAGCCAAAUCCAGCCGAGUUUCAGUAUUCCCCAUUGCAAUUGGACAACAAUAUGAUGAAUCCCAGGUGAGGACAUUGGCAGGGACAGCUUCCUUCUCCAACAUCAUGAAACUCCAGCGGAUUGAAGAUCUCUCCACUAUGGUCACUUUGGACAACACAUUUAUGUAUAAGCUAUGUUCUGGUUUCUCCAAAGUCUGUUUGGAUGAAGAUGGGAAUCAAAAGAGACCUGGGGACAGAUGGACCUUGGCUGACAAGUGCCAUACUGUAACCUGUCUGCAAGAUGGCCAGACCAUAAUGGAGAGUCACCGGGUCAAUUGUGAAAAGGGACCCAAACCCACAUGCCCCAACAACCAGCCAGCUGUGAAGGUAGAGGAGACCUGUGGUUGUCGCUGGACUUGCCCCUGCUUAUGUAUGGGAAGCUCCACCAGGCACAUUGUGACUUUUGAUGGCCAGGACUUCAAGCUGACUGGCAGCUGUUCCUAUGUCCUUUUCAAUAGCAAAGAACAAGACCUGGAGAUAAAUCUUCACAAUGGGGUCUGUAACCCUGGGAUGAAGGCAACCUGCAUGAAGUCCAUAGAAGUUAAACACAAGGGCCUGUCCAUCCAGCUCCACAGUGAUAUGGAGGUGACUGUGAAUGGACGAUUGGUUUCAGUUCCCUAUGUGGAUGAAAAUAUGGAAGUCAACACCUAUGGAGCCAUCAUGCAUGAGAUCAGGUUCUCACACUUGAACCACGUCUUAACAUUCACACCACAGAACAAUGAAUUUCAGCUGCAACUCAGUCCCAAGACCCUUGCUCCCAAAACCUAUGGACUCUGUGGGAUUUGUGAUGAGAAUGGGUCCAAUGACUUCAUGCUUAGGGAUGGCACAGUCACCACAGACCACAACGUGCUUAUCCAGGAGUGGACAGUCCAGCAGCCGGGUACCAUCUGUGAACCCAUCGCAGAAGAACAGUGUCUGGACUCCAGCAGCACUCAGUGCCAGAUCCUCCUCUCCUCUGUGUUUGCUGAAUGCCACCGUGUCCUUGCUCCAACCACAUUUUAUGCUAUUUGCCAACAGAACAGGUGUCACGAGGAGCAAGUGUGCGAGGUGAUUUCCUCCUAUGCUCACCUCUGCCGAACACAUGGAGUCUGUGUCAACUGGAGGACUGCAGAUUUCUGUGCUAUAAAGUGCCCAUCCUCUAUGGUAUAUCAUCACUGCCAGCAGGACUGUCCUAGGCAUUGUGAUGGUAACUCAAGCACCUGUGUGGACCAUCCCUCAGAAGGCUGCUUCUGUCACCCUGGACAGGUGAUGCUAGAGGGGAAGUGUGUCCCUGAGGAAGCCUGUACCCAGUGCAUUAGUGAAGAUGGGGUCCAUCAUGAGUACCUGGAAACAUGGGUGCCUUUUGGCCAGCCCUGUCAGAUCUGCAUGUGUCUCAAUGACCGCAGGAUCAACUGUACCUCUCAGCCUUGUCAUACAGCCAGAUCUACCACAUGUGGUCCCUGUCAAGUAGCCCGUUUACAUCAGCAUCCAGGACAGUGCUGCCCAGAGUAUGAGUGUGUUUGUGACCCAGGGAACUGCGAGCUGGCCCCUAUACCUCACUGUGAAGAUGGGCUUCAACCAGUGUUGACCAACCCAGGGGAAUGCAUACCGAACUAUAUCUGUGCCUGCAACAAGGAGGAGUGUAGAAAUGAUCCUAUCCCUUCAUGCCCUCCACACCGGACAUUGACUCCCCGGAAGACUCAGUGUUGCACCGAGUAUGAGUGUGCUUGCAGCUGUUUCAAUUCCACUGUGAGCUGCCCCCUGGGCUACCUGUCUUCCUCUAUCACUAAUGACUGUGGCUGUAUCAGUACCACCUGUAUCCCUGACAAGGUUUGUGUGCAUCAUGGCACUGUCUACCCUGUGGGGCAAUUCUGGGAGGAAGGCUGCAAAACUUGUACCUGUACUGACCUGGAAGAUGCUGUUGUGGGUCUGCAUGUGACUGAAUGUUCUGAUAAGCCUUGUGAUGAGAGCUGUCAGCAGGGCUUCACCUAUGUCUCUCAGGAAGGUGAAUGCUGUGGGAAGUGCCUACCAUCAGCCUGUGAAGUGGAAGGUGGCUUCCACCGGGGAGACUCAGAGAUUCACUGGCAGAGUGUUGGCUCACAAUGGAGCUCCCCCGAGAACCCUUGCCUCAUCAACGAGUGUGUGCGAGUGAAAGAGCAAGUUUUUGUCCAGCAGAGGAAUGUCUCCUGUCCUCAAUUAGAUGUCCCCACCUGCCCUCUGGGCUUCCAGCUAAGCUGUAGUCAGGCUGCAGAGUGCUGCCCUUCCUGUCGUUGUGAACCUGUUCAUGGUUGCAUGAUCAAUGACACCAUCAUUGGGCCAGGAAACCACCUGAUGGUGGACCAGUGUACCACCUGCCACUGCAGUGUACAGAGCGGCAUUGUCCUCAAGUAUAGGUUGGUGUGUGGAAAGGCUACGUGCCAGCCCUGUCCCCAGGGUUACAAGGAGGAGAAGGUAGAGGGUUCAUGCUGUGGGAAGUGUCUGCCUGUUGCCUGUACCAUUCAACUGAGAGGGGGAAGGAUCAUGGCGCUACAGGCCAACGAGACGUUCCAGGAUGGCUGUGACAGCCACUACUGCAGAAUCAGUGAGAAAGGAGAGUUUAUUUGGGAACGGAGAAUCACCGGGUGUCCACCCUUUAGCCAACAAAAGUGUCUGGCUGGUGGGGGUAAAGUUGUGAAAAUUCAAGGCACCUGCUGUGAUACUUGUAUUGAGCGUGAAUGCAAAGAUAUCACUGCUAAAUUACAAUAUGUGAAGAUUGGAACCUGCAAGUCAGAGGUGGAAGUCAAUAUCCAUUAUUGUGAGGGUAAAUGUCCCAGCAAGGCCAUCUACUCCAUUGAUGCCCAGAGUGUGCAAGACCAGUGCUCAUGCUGCUCGCCAACUCAAAUAGAGCCUGUGACAGUCCCUCUCCAAUGUACCAAUGGUUCUGUUGUGUACCAUGAUAUUUUCAAUGCCUUGAAGUGCCAAUGUUCCCCUCGGAAAUGCACCACAUGAAGCUCUUUGACAAUGGAGAAGGGGACCUGCAUUUGCUUGCUGCUGGAGAAACCAAGCCUUUGGUUCCUCAUUACAUCUUUGGGACUGCUUCUCAGCCUUUCUGUACAGAGGUCUCCUUUCCCUCAUAACCCCACAAUAAAGUCACAUAUCUUGUCUUGCAAA